AUGGACAAAGCAUCAAUUCAAUUCAAGCAUGAUCUCAUGCAGUCAAUGACCUCAAAGACACUGCUGGAGAUGAUUUUGGAACUGAGCCACGCAGUUCUACGACGUCAGCAAACGUACGAUACGGACGACCCAAACCGGUCAUUUCCUCGCAUCCCCAUACCUACUGCGCCUAAAGACCUCGUUGUUCUUGUACGCGGCGAUUCGAAAACACCAGGUGCUUCGAGAAACACCCACCUGCUCCUUCUUGCUGCUGUUAUUGCUGCUGCUGUGGCUGUGGCUGAUGUUGAUGACGAGGUGCAUCUUGAUCCUCUUCUUCCCAUGUGGGAUAUGGGGGAGUGCCAUGGCAUGUCCGUGGCGAUCCUAUCACGAAUGUGCUAG